GAUUGGGUGAUACGAUCACGCAGUAAUUCCGGUACAGCCCAAACAACAGUCCUCUGAUGUAAAUAAAAAUCCUCCGCACUGUUUUUCGUCUUCUUGCUCCCAAACAUCAUGGCAGCUUCCGGUUUCUUCCUGGCUGUCCUCGCGCUAUCUCUGAGCUCCGGAGACUCCAGGUUCAUCCUCGACUCUGUUUCACUUAUACCGCAGAAAUAUCUGUCGCUGGAUAUUUGUUCAGAAUGCAGCCAGGUCGUCCAGCUGUCCGCCAACAUGAUCUCCAGCAGAGACACCAAGGAGACUGUAUAUGAAGCGCUGCACGCUCUGUGCCGACGCCUCCCCGGGGAACAGGCGUCAGAGUGUGAAUCACAGGUGAAGACGUAUUUACCUAAAGUCCUGCAGCAAACACCCGGUCACCUGAAACCGGCGCAGACCUGUGCGGUGUUUGGACUUUGCGUCGCCCACAAAGAGGAAGAACAACUGAAACUUCCUCACCAAGCAGCUGACCAACACCAACCCAGCCCUGUCCUCGAGUCAGCCGCAAACACACAUGAGCUCUUCGGCCCUGUCUGCAGCCUGUGCGUGAUGGUCAUCAAGAAACUGGAGACUCUGCUGCCCGAGAAUGUGACAGAGGACGCUUUGAUGAAGCUCAUGGAGGAGGUGUGUGAUCUGAUACCACAGAGCUACAAAGACGAGUGUGAUGAUUUUGUGGACAAAUACGGGACGCAGAUCAUCGAGUUCCUCCUAUCGUCUGCCGCUCCUCACACAAUAUGUACUCUACUACACCUCUGUAUGUUCAACGAGCAACCUGAACCAGAGGUUCUCCCUCCCUCUGACUGUGACUCGUGCCGCACGUUGGCUGUUCUGAGCAGACUUCACCUCAGUCCCAACUCCACCCGACCUGAGUUUUCCUCUUUCCUUCAGUCUGUGUGUGUCCAGCACCCGAAUGCCAUCCCCAAGUGCGAGGCUUUCCUAACAGUCUACGGAUCACGACUGCAGGAGGUUUUGGGAAACCAGAUGGACAGUCCACAUGCCUGUGAAAGAGCUGAUCUCUGCAUCGCCUCAAAGAAGGUGGAGCUGCUGGGAAAGAAUCGCUGCACUUGGGGACCAAAGUACUGGUGCAGGGACGUUCAGACUGCUAAGAAAUGUGGUAACCAGGCCUUCUGUGAGAAGUUCAUGUGGAAGGAGUGAAAGCUCGGCUCUGCUCUGAGAAGAUAUCUGCACUUUAAAAUAAAAAUGUUAUUACAUUGAUCAACGAUUGAGUUCUACAUAUAUAAUGCACUGAUCAACUUUGAUUUCUUGAGAUUAGGAUCUUGUUUGCUUUUUUUUUUUUUUUUUUUUAAACUGAAUUGAGUCAUAAAUACAUUUCUCGUGAUUUCCUCCAGCUUGCAUGUAGUGUCAUAAGACUUGAGGCUGGAGUUCAGUCUGGAGGGUUUCCUGUUCUGUGCACUGUGUCGUUCACUAAAAAUGCUUGAAGUAUGAUUUUAUGAACUGUAAGAGCCGUUGUCCAUCUUCACAUAAGAUGAGCUGUUGGUAUAUAAUAAAAGACUAUCGGACAACUGA